CUACCAAUGACAACGUCGUUGGGAUUGUUUACGCACAUUUCUAGGUUAUGUAAAAUGUCAAAGGCUGGCUUGCUGCAGCAAUACAAAAAAGAUGUAGAAAACGUUAAAAACUGUGCCAAAAAUUUAGGUUUAAGCGAUGGAGAAGUCGACAGGAUUAUCGAGGAGAGUUUUAGCGAAAUAAACGAACAAAAAUGCUCAAAAACAAAGUCUCAAAAAUGUUUUUAUUGGAUGAAAUUGUUUGGGGUGGUUCUAUUUAUUUUAAUGUUUGUUUAUGUGAUGUUGAAUGUGAAUCAAACCACUUCCAGUAUUGUGUUGAGGAAUGUGCAAGGGUUAAUUUAUCCUGGCAUGAAAUUAGUUAGGUUUUUAUCAGUGCCAAUUAUAAAGGUUUUUCCAUCGUUAACAGAUUUAUAUGAUGAAAGUUGUUUGGUGGAAAAUCCGUUUUUCUAUGUUUCUGAUUUGGACUGUACACCAUGUAAAAAAGUUUAUUCAGUUAUUGAUUUAACAAAUAUUGAUGUUGACGAAACUUUUCAGUCAGGAGGUCCUUUUAUUACUAUGACCAAUCAAAUGCCUGUUAACCUGUCAUAUCUACAAAAAUAUAUCAAAAACAACAUAAAUAUCUUAACUGAAGAUGUUAGACGAUUUACAUCUAACAACAAAAGUAUUAGCACAUUAAAAGACUUAAUUAACACGAACGAAAAAACAAUUAACACCUUAAACUUCCACUCAACAUGGAAAAUAAACAAAAUGAAUCCAGCAAGAAUUGUUCGCAAAAUAUUUCCCAGACCAAAUUUUAUAUCGAAAUGGUCGGGUCAAAGUGUAGAGAGGUUUAUAAUGGUGGACAGCCCUAAAUCUGAGCCCUACUUGCUUCCAAACACUGAGUGUGGUUACGUUUUCGUGGUACAAGCCUUUGGGCAAAGAACUAUAGUAUUAAAACCUGCCAAUGAAUGUAAAAGGAGUUGCAAAACGCUUUCUGUUGUUUUAAAACAGUCAUAUGUUUUGUCAUACAAUUGGUGGUAUUGGAGACCUAUAAGUCUUCCUAUGGAGAAUUCUACAGAAACUUCCAUUACUUAUGUAAAUUCUUACUGCUAAAACUGCCAUAUUACAAAGAAAACCAUUUUGUAUUUAAUAAAUUUAUAUUUACACAAAAAAAUA